CGGUAGCAUCGUGGCGUUGUGUUGGACGCUGCUCAGUUGGUCCUGCUGUCCGACUCUCCGGUUGGUUUGCUUCUGUCUCACUGAGAGCGAAGGCUGGGUAAAUGCCUGGCAAGCGGUGUGGUGAGAAUGAGGACCAGCCAAAGGUUGAACGGCCUUGGGGGCGGCCCCCUGGCUCUAAAACCAGGCUCAGCAGCGGCUCUGGUGGACGCCGCUGCGGCUUGGGCAGGGGCAUAGGCCGCCCGGGGCGGGGCGGAGGCGGUGGGCAUCCUGCUCCCGGGCCAGACACGUAUUAAGAGGAGGCGGAGGGUCAUGUGUCUGGAAGACGAGAUGAAAAUUCUCGAGAAGCUGGAAGAAGGGUUUGCGCACCCUUAAGCAAAACGAGGAGGCGGUCAGGACCAGCAUGGAGAGUGUUUCGCCCGUCUGCUCCUAGGUGCUGUGCAUUCCUCAGGACGUAAACAUCGAGAAGAUGGAGACGAAUUAAUCUUUGGGGUCUAGGAUUAGACCAAAGGAGGAGGGGGCAGCCUGUGACGCUGAAGGCCAUCUGCAGCCAGGCCAAACGGGUUUACAUGCAACUGGUGGAAACCACUGGCAAGGGCAACCCAGAGAAGUUUCAUGCGAGCAAGGGAUGGUUGGAGAAGUUUAGAAAUCGCUAUAGGCUGCUGAAUUCGAGGUUGAUAGGGGAGGAAGAACCGUUAAAUACCCAGUCGGCACCCACGUAUUCCAAGCAACUCCAGAAACUGAUCAGAGUUAGUGGCUUUGUACGUCAACAGGUCUUCACCGCCAAGCAGAUGAGCCUGUUUUGGAAGUGCUUGCCUUCGCGUACUUUUGGGGAAAAAGACAAAAUUCUGGAAAGCUUAGAGGAAGCUAAGGACCAGAUUUCUUUCAAUUUUUGUGCCAGUGCCACAGGUGACAAAACCAUGGCUGCUUUAUGAAGCAGCACCUGUUUUAUGGAAAAAAAUAUAUAACGCCUUCCUAUUUUCCGGUGAUCACUAACAGUAUCAUUAACAGCUGCCCUCAUUUUGGAUUGGCUUCGUAAUUGUUUUAUUCAUUGAACCUGGAGUUAUUUAACAGAAAAAAAUCUUGCCUUCAGAGUGUUACUGUUUUGGACAGAGGUCUCAGUCACCCAGACUCCAUUCUUUGCUCAUCCCAAUGAUGAUAUUGUGUUUCUUCAUCUGGAGGGCAGUAGCUAUCUUAAGCCCUUGGAUCAGGGUAUAAUUGAAGCAUUCAGGAGGUAAUACACCAAGCAUAUGUUGGACUACUUUGCCGACUUUUUGAAAAAAACCCUUGCCUCACUUUGAAGGAAACAUGGUAACAGUACAACUUUAAUGAUGCUUUGGUAGUAAUAAAAGAGGUGAUGGAUGAUAUAAAAACCAGCCUCUCUUAAUAAAGCUUGGUGGAACCUUUGGGAUGAUGUUGUGAAUGAUUAUGCAUGUUUCCCUAGAGCUAAUGAAGAAGUUGAAAAAAAUCAUAGAGUCUGAAAAUGGAUGGGCUUUAAAUUCAUCGAUAUUGAUGAAAGUGAAAUUAAUAAGCUACUUAAGUUUCAAGCUUUGGCAAUAACAGAGAGUCUAUAUCUGUAGAUGAGGAAGAAGGCAAAUCUCUGGAACCAGAGAUAAAGUUGAACUUAAGGAAACAAUUCUGUCUUACACCAGGUGUCAGACCUCAUUGAAGCUGCAAUUGAUCUUUACUGGAUUGAAGUUUGGCCUUUAAAGAUUUCAGUAAAGUGUUGUAUACCUGUAAAGAGGCCCAAAAGAACCUUCAAAAUAAAGCAAAGGAGAUGAAGAAAGAGAAGGAAGACACAAACAAUAAAGAGGAAGUAGUGUGGGUGAAAGAGAUGGGUACAGAAUCUGACUCUGAAGAGGAUUCUGAGUCCAUAUCUGAAUCCAGUAAGGAGGAGGAGAGAAAGAGAAGAGGGUAAGAAGCCUCCAGAAGAAGAGCUUAUAAUCUCAGGCAGUGGCACUGAGGCUCUUACUAGAUCUGAAGAAUCUGCCAAGGCCAUAAAUGCAGAAUUGGACUUUUGGAAUCUAACCUUGGAAUUGAAUCUGAAGAGAGUAGAAGUGCCUGAGUUGAAGUAAGAAGAGAAUCCAGAAGCGGUUUCUUCCAAAUAACAGUUCAUCUCUUGCCAUCCUUCCCCUGCUGCCCCAGCAUCGCCUUCAUCACGACCAUCCUUAUAAUCACCAAAUCAACAAACAUUUAUUGAGCAUAAUCUCUGUGGGAUCCUGUGCUAAACUCUGGGACAUCAUCUCAGGAUCUAAGAUCCUGACUGCUUCUUUCCUGACAUACCCCAUGCUCAGGACCCUUAGCCAGCAGCUCCUUUCAGUUGUCACUGGCAGCUAUGUCUCCGGCACUUACUCCAUCGUUUUUGUCAACUGUCCCAACGAGCAGAUUGCCAGAGAUAUUGCCAGGGCUAUACUGGAUAAGAAGCUGACUGCCUCUGUGAACAUCCUGCCUAAGGCAUACUCACUAUACUAUUGGAAUGGAGAAAUAGAAGAAGCCACUGAAAUCCUGCUGUUAAUAAAGACAAAGACUUCCAAGGUCCGUAUGCUAUCCAGCUACAUCAGGUUGGUGCAUCCUUUUGAAAUCCCAGAGGUCUUCAGUCUUCCCAUGGACCAAGGAGAUGUGCACUAUUUAAAGUGGCUGGAGGAGGGCAUGGAGGAGGAAUGAGUGGGGGCUUCUUGUGCCUCCUGCUGGCUGACUCUAACCUUCAUCAGCUGUUCUCUGGGGGAGGGGAGGCUUCUCUCUGCCCCCUCGCAUCUCUGGAUUCCAUGCUUUUGUCAGCACAGAGGAGUUAAGUAACUUGUGGAGGGUGAAGGUCCAAGGCUUCUGAGGCUGGAAGACGACGCUGGGCCAGUCAGGCCAAGCAAGAACCCCGUGGAUCUUGUCUCUGAGUGCAUCAUGCGUAGAGGUGGCUGGGGGUGGGAGGGCGAGGGUGACUGUGUAUGGGGACCAAGGGGAGGCAGCAGUGAGGGUGAGGUUUGUCAUCUACGUUCACUGAGCCUAUAUUGAGUGCCUAGUAUGUUAUUACUCUCCUGCCUCUCAUGAGGAAUGGACCUGUUGACCUGUCACCCAGAAGUGUGUGGGGUGAAUACCACCUUCUAGGGGAACUGGAAGUGCUUUAUCCAAAAGCAAGAAUUGCUAAUGGUGGAAUUUCAGGGACAAGCAGGAUUUUAUUUCUUCUAGCUAAAGAUGGUGUUUGUUAUUCCUGAGUCCUGAGGAAGUGGGACUGGAAGUGGGCUUCCUGAGUGCACGUAGGACUAGGGAGUAUUAGGGCCUAGACAUAGCCUCACGGAUUGGGAGUAGGUCUUGACUCUUUCCUAGCCUGAAGGGCCAGACAUCAGAAGGUUCUGGUGCCCUGCUCAGUGGAGACAUGGGUUCUGAGCCCACCAUAGUAACCUCUCCACUUGAGCAUUGAAACUGAGCAUCCUGAAGGAGGAAGAACCCAGGGGGACUGCUAGACAAGUGUUUUUCAGACUUGCUCCACAGAACCCCAGGGGUUCACAGAAGGUAUCCUGGGGGCUACUCAUACUUCAACCAGUGCAACUGUGCUUUUAUUAUUUUUAUGUAUUGAGCUAAGUUUCUGUUGUUAAAAGUUUGUAAACCAGUGGCCUAAGCCAGUCCCCAUUUUAUAGGAAAGGAAACUGAACUGCAGUGAGGUCCAGAAAGUGGGUGGCAAUGCUGAGUUACAGACGGGAUAGCUAAGGCUGCUCACUCUGUCUGGUGCUCUCCUAAACCUGUUCCACAGGUGUCUUCUCCACGGGGAAGAUCCCUGUGGAGUGAGAAGAGACACCUGAUCUAGGCUGCUUCCAUGGCUCUGUCACAAGGUGACUCCGCUCUGGGGACACCAUGGGCAGUUUGGGUGGGAGUCCACAGACAUCUGCGGUAUCCUAGGUCUUCCUUCUCAAGAGGGAAGGGUGUGUGGGAAGGGUUUUGCCAGCCUCUGGUUCUGACACCUUCUGUGCUUCUUGGACCUUAGUUCCUCCAGAUAUAAAAUGAGGGAGGAUCUGCAAGGACCCUUUCAUGAAGACCAUGUAGCGACUUCAGGCUGAGCCCCUUCCAAAGGUCCAGAGGAUCCUGUUUGUGAUAGUGGGGAGUUUGGUGGG